UCUGUAUUUCAUGUGAUGCAGGGGUUGGGUUGGGAGGAUGGAGAGCUGGAAGAGGGGGAGCUGGAGGACGAUGGAGGUGAGGAGGUGCAGGAUGCGGCCGAGCCGCACGAGAGGGGGCGGAAGGAGAAGUCGGAGAAGCACCACAGUGACUCGGACGACGAGAAGGCUCAUCGGCGCAUGAAGCGCAAGCGGAGGAAGGAGCGCGAGAAAGAGAAGAGGAGAGCUAAAAAGAAAAGGAAAUCCAAGCACAAGCGCCAUGCAUCUUCCAGCGAUGACUUCUCCGACUACAGCGAGGACUCUGACUUCAGUCCCAGCGAGAAGGGGCACAGGAAGUAUCGGGAGUACAGCCCUCCCUAUUCUUCUUCCCACCAGCAGUACCAGUCCUCUCAUGGCACUCCCAUGCCAAAAAAGAGCUACUCCAAGAUGGAGAGCAAGAGUUACGGCAUGUAUGAGGACUACGAGAACGAGGGCUACGGCGAGUACGAGGGGGAGGAGGACGAGGACAUGGGGAAGGAAGACUACGAUGACUUCACAAAGGAGCUGAACCAGUACCGGCGGGCAAAGGAGGGGUCGCAUAGGGGGCGAGGCAGCCGAGGCCGGGGCCGAGGCUACAGGGGGCGUGGAGGCAGAGGUGGAAUGAGAGGGCGAGGCAUGGGCCGAGGAGGCCGGGGAAGAGGGAGAGGCGACCACCCAGAAGAGGAGGAGGAAAUGUACGAGGAAGAGAUGGAAUACGGCGACAAUGAGGAGCCUGCCGGUGAUGACGAGUAUGACGAUUACUCCAAAGAGCUGAACCAGUACCGGAGGAGCAAAGAGGGCCGAGGCCGAGGUUUAAACCGUGGGCGAGGUCGUGGUCCCAGAGGCAGAGGCGGCAAGGGCAUGGGCAGGGGGAGAGGAAGAGGCCGGAGCGGAAUGGGGAAAGGCGGCGGGAUGAACGAGGAUGACGAUUACUAUGAGGACGACACAGGGGAAGGAGGCGGCGGUGGAAAUUACAGGCGGAACGACCACGACAAAUCCCACCAACAGUCGGAUAAGAAAGGAAAAGUGAUCUGCAAGUACUUUGUGGAAGGCAGGUGUACCUGGGGGGACCAUUGCAAUUUCAGCCAUGACAUUGAACUACCAAAGAAGCGGGAACUGUGCAAGUUUUACAUCACCGGCUACUGUGCGAGGGCUGAGAACUGCCCCUACAUGCACGGUGACUUCCCUUGUAAGCUGUUUCACACCACGGGGAACUGCAUCAACGGGGACGAUUGCAUGUUUUCUCACGAGCCGCUCACGGAUGAAACGCGGGAGCUUCUGGACAAGAUGCUGGCAGAUGACGCAGAAGCAGGCGCAGAGGACGAGAAGGAAGUGGAAGAGCUAAAGAAGCAAGGCAUCAAUCCACUCCCCAAGCCCCCGCCAGGAGUGGGGCUGCUGCCCACCCAGAUGCCGCCACCACUGCACGAGCCCCUCUCGCCCCAGCAGCUCCAGCAGCAGCAGGACAUGUACAAGAAGAUCCCAUCGCUGUUCGAGAUCGUGGUGCGGCCCACGGGGCAGCUGGCUGAGAAGCUGGGUGUGAGGCACCCUGGUCCCCCUCCUCCCAGGUUCCCUGGCCCUGGCGGACCCCCAGGGCCUAUGCCAGGACCCAUGCAUCCAGAUAUGCACCCCGAUAUGCUUCCGGACAUGCAUCCCGACAUGCUUCCAGACAUGCACCCAGACAUGCACCCGGACAUGCACCCGGACGUGCCCAUGGGCCCAGGCAUGAACCCCGGCCCCCCCAUGGGUCCUGGCCCUCCCAUGAUGCCAUAUGGCCCAGAUGGUUCCCCGCACUCCGGCAUGAUGCCUCCCGGCCCACCUGCACCAGGCUUCUACGAUAAUUUCUACCCACCUCCGGAGGGCCUGGACAUAGACCACGGCAUGAUGGGUGACCCAGACGACUACGGAACUUACGAGGAGAUGGAGGAGCCUCCCGGAGAGCACCUGUUCCCUGACCCCUCCUUGGACCACGACCCCCUCUGCGAAGGACCACCAGGGCUGCAGAAGCCGCCGGGCAGCAUCCCCGACUUCAUGCCUUCCGCCCAAAGGGCCCUGUACCUGAGGAUCCAGCACAAACAGCAGGAGGAGGAGGAGAGGGUGCGGCGGCUGGCCGAGAGCAGUAAGGAGCGGGAGAAUGAGGAAGGUGACACAGGCAAUUGGUACUCCAGCGAUGAGGACGAUGGUGGGAGCAGCGUCACUUCCAUUUUGAAAACCCUGAGGCAGCAGAGCUCCAGCCGGCCUCACGUCCCGCCUGUCCACGGCGACAUGAGCAGUGGCUUGGGCCCGUGAGGUAUGGGUGACCCUCGCCUCCAGAAGGCCCAGUCGGCUGCGGGUGGGCGCCCAGCUGACCCUCGCCUGCGGGACCCCCGGCUCUCUCGAAACGUGGAGGCAUCCGGACCAGCCGGCCCCGGAGAGGUGGGGCCCACCGACCCGCGACUAGCACGGCACGUUCCCACGUCUGCCCCAAAGCCGGACACCCCUCAUUCCAGCGCUGUGGCCGGCCCAAAGGUUGCCUUGGGCCCUGAUGAGGAGGAAGGGGAGAGAGCACUAAGGGACAAGCCAGUCAGCAUCCCCUUGGAUGUGCUGCCCGGCCACGUGCUACGGGACCCCCGCUCACAGCUGCAGCAGUUCAGCCACAUCAAGAAGGAUGUGGUCCUGAACAAGCCCAACUUUACCCGGCUGGUGCUGUGGAGCCCAGAGGACCUGAUCCCACUGCCCAUCCCGAAGCAGGAGUUCGUCCCCGUUCCCGCCGCUCUCCAGUCACUCCCUGCCCUCGACCCGCGGAUCAGCCGGCCCCAAGCCACGGGCCCAUCUGACCCCAGGCAGCGGGGGGCAGGCACCCAGGCAGAGUCUGGCUCUGGUUCUGGCACCAACGUCCCUGACUUCGAGCUGUUGUCGCGAAUACUAAAGACUGUGAAUGCGGCUGGCAGCCCCACCUCUGGUCAGAGCGAGAAGCCCAGCGACCCCCGGAUGCGGAAGACGUCGGCUGACCCCCGGUUACAGAAAUCAGCAGAACCAGUGGCCUCCAGACCUGCCAAGGCUGCAGAGUCUCCUCCAGGCCCUGGAGCCACAGCUCCCAGCAGCGAGAGCACCCCCACCAUCGCUCCCUACGACCCCCGGCUGCUGACCGCGGGCGGGCUGAGCAAAGGCAGUGGCCAGAGCAAUGUGCUCAGUGGCAUCAGCCUGUACGACCCCAGGACUCCAAGCUCGGGCAGCAAGGCCUCAGAGGCUGCCGGCGAGGGGAACGCGUCGUCAAAAGGCUCGGACGCCGGCAAAGGUGCCGGCAAGGGCAAGGAGCCCCUGUUUGUGCGCAGGUCUGCGCUGGACCAGCCCGAGGCGGAGAAGGCGGGUGCUGAGUCUGCCGCAGACAGGUACAACAGCUAUAACAGGCCACGUCCCAAGGCCUCUGCCACCGCUGCCACCACCGCCACCGCCGCCUCCUCCACCCCUGCCCCAGAGACUGCCCCCCAGCCAGGCGUCCACAACCUCCCCGUGCCCUCUGUCUACGGCAUGGUCAAGCAGAGCGCGAAGUCAGGGUCCGGCAGCCCCUUCGCGGGGAAUAGCCCUGCCCAGGACAGCGAGCAGCAGGACGCCGGGUCUCUGAAAGAUGUUUUCAAGGGCUUCGACCCCACAGCCUCGCCAUUCUGCCAGUAGUGUUCACGGACUGCCCUGGCAUCCGCCUUGCGAUAGCUGCGCAGUGUUGGGAACCUUUUUUUUUUAUUCUUUUCCAUUAGUGCUCACUUUAGCCAUAUAACAUGUACAGAAAUCCUUUUGGUUCUGGUCGGUGCUGUGACAUAUAUAUAGCCUCCGAGAAUAAUUUUAAACAAAUAAUCAAAGUAUCUCAUGCCGUAAUAACCAGCCUUUUGUUUUUCGACUCCCCGCUAGUUUGUUUUAGAGCUUUCUUUGCAAACGCGACUGAACGCCCCCUCCUUGGAAAAUAAUGCAAUGUCUGAAAUCUCUCGGGGAAGCUGCGGCCAUCCCGGCUCACCAGCCCCCAUCCUCUCCUUGUACAGUAGAUUGCGUCCCAAGCCCGACGCAUCCCCCCUCGAGCAACGCGAUGCCGUACUCAGGACAAGGGGAGCGGCAGACCGGACGGCAGAGUAACGUGGGUCAUACGUGUAGCUUAAGAGAUUAAAGCUGUGAGCCGUGCGGAUUGGUGGAAUGUGUUCAUUUAUGAAACAGCUAAUGCGAAUAUUUGUAUCAUAGCCUUUUUUUUAAUUAUGUUUAAGGAGCCGAAUGCGAUGAGCAGUAUUGCCUGGAGAAAUAACCCCGUGGCAUCGUGCUUGUCCGGUGGGGGAGGUUCUUUCUGCUUCUCUUUGAAGGCGGUAUCUCUGCUGUUUCCUGGAGGCGGGUGGGUUGGGAGACAGCCCAGCUGGCCCCUCUUCGGGCUUCGAGUCCCGAGAGUUUCCACCGACGGCCAGGGAAUAUUGACCUCCCCGAAGUGCUGCUGUCUACCAGCAAGAGAGGGUGUAUUACUGACAUUAAAUUAUUCAUCUCAGCCCGACUUUGCACGCACGUGGGUUGCUCACGGAGGGUUUUCCCAUGAGCACGGCAAGGAUUCUCAGUAUCUUCUCCCUGCCCUCUGCGAGCGGCUCGGUCCCCCUCCCACCCCCCAUCCCAGAUCCAGCGGGCGAAGGCUGCGUUCUGUAUGAUGCCGGAGCUCCAGUGCCGUGCCACCGAGCAAGACUCCUCCACAGCAGCUGGUGAUAGAUGCUGAAUCCUUUCUUUCGAUGCAUUCUGUGCACCGACUGGGCUUUCUACGCGGGCACCCGACGGCAAGGCCACUUCAGCCGGUUGUCGGGGCUUUCGGGACAGGAGCUGUCGAUCGGAGACGGGACCAGGGCAAGCACGUGCGUCACUGGAGCUGCGACACACUGGGCCAGGAGCCCCCGCAGUCCCCUUCUGACAGGCGAGAAGCCCCCAUCUCGUGUUUUCCUGAGCGCGCCUCCACCCGGCAUUGUCUCCAGCUUGCCUUAGCAAGGCUGCCACUUCCAAGAGCCAAAACUGCCCUCCCGGGCCCCAUUUGUUACCGUGCAGCCGAAAGGACGAAAGUUCCCGUGUCUUCAGUAGCAAAUGGGGAAUCGUUGUUGUUUCCCCUUCGGACUUCCUUUCCCUGCCCAGGGUGCCCUGCUGCCCCGCUCGGGUCACGCCAGCCCCCGUCCGGCCUCACCUACCAGUAUUCAGCUGCCAGCUCGUGAGCAUCGGAGCAUAAAGACACGAUGCGAAGUGUCCUGUACUGAGCAGAGCCGAUGCGCCGCACCCUUCUCAUCACGUCACGGCCAGCAGCUGUGCCCAGUGUUCAUGGCUGAUGCAGCAUCGCCUUCCUGGCCAGCGAAGGAGAUCUGAUUGAGCAGUCGAAACGCAGUAUUAGGAAGAAGGUGGCCAUGCUCCUGCAGCAGGGCAGUGCCUAUGACGCGGUGUGUUGAAUCCCAGGAGCGGUGUGAGCUCUGCAGCGGCACAAUGUGCGACGCAGGCCCCCCUGCCCAUCAGCUCUUAAACCAUCCCCCGUGGUGAUGUCUGUCAGGCUCCUGCAGCCUGACUUGGUUCCUCUGCAGCGGAUCCCAGGGACUGGUUGUUUUACGCGGGGGCUGGCGGAGAGCCCUGAGCGCCCGUCUCCCUCCAGCUGGAGAACCCAGCCCUGCCCUUGUGUCGCAGCAGCUCCUCACCUGCCGAGCAGCUGCACGAUAACGAAAGAGGAAGGAUCUUUCUCAGUAUUUCAGCCACUGGCAUAUUUUAUCUGGUCUAGGAUGAACUUUCCAAAUGUGGAAUGGCUCCCGGGGCGCCCCCCACCCCCUCGGCUUUGCUGGACAAGGUCUUAAGAGAAUUAGUGUUUGCUGAGCGUUGGUGCACGUAAGACGAGCCUUCACGAUGCCAAAAUUGAAUGGUUUCCAAUGUCAACAGAAAAAGAAAACCCGCCUGGACUCCGAAGUUCCCGUCUACGCCCCUUUCUUGCAGGCGGCGCCGAUUUGAGUUGUCACGGUCCCUUGUCGCACUGCUCCUGUCACGUUCCCACGCGCCCUGCUUUCGCGGGAGGCAUAGCUGUGUCCGACUCACUCAACGCGCCCCUACCAAACUGGAUCCCAGAGAAAUCGGAGGCUGCUGGGCCGGGCUGGGCCGUUCAGUACGUGCAAGUCCUUCGGGGUUUACCUCCCGGGGAAAUCUCGGCUCUUCUCUGCCCCGCGAGCAGUUUGCUGGCUUGUAAGUGAAUCGAGCGUGGUGGCGACGGCGGGUUGAGUGUCCUGAAGUGGUUUCCCUCGUGCAACCUCAGAGCUCAUCGCUUUGGAGUUUGCCUGGCACCAGUGUGACACGGGGAGAGAGCAAUGAAUCGGUUCGACCGGGGAGACCGCUCUCGGCGAGGGCUGCGUGCAGGAUCAGCUGAACUUUCUGUAAAAGGUAAAACCCGUCAGGAAGAUGAUGAAUUAUUUGGGUUGAUUCCCCAGAGAGCGAAAGCGCCGCCGUUCUCUAACCCAGGAAUGUUUUUCCACCGGCCAGAGCUUUAAGAGAAAAAAAAAAAAAUAGCGCUCUAGCUGAGAUUGUAAUAAACUGUAAAUACUGCUUCCGAGUCGGAGCUGUUGCUGCGGAUAUGUAUAUAGCGUAUGGGUAUUUUUACAAUGACUGUUCCAUGUGCAUGGCUGCGUGAGGGUUUUCUCUUUGUUUUUGUACCGCACAUUUGUCUUCCAGAAACGUCAUCUGUGUUUCUCCGGUGAAGUCUUUAAUCUUCUAUCAUUGUAUCACUGCCAUUAAAGGAUGCAGUUAUUUUAAA